CCAAAAACUCCGUCAUUCAGCUCCGGUCGCAGGUCGCGCUCGGAUGCACGGGGCUCCUCGUAGAGCAGCGCGCGAGGAUGUGGACUAAACACAGUGGACUCUGUUGAACUGCGAAUAAUAAUUUGCCUUUAGCUUUUAAAGCUUCAGCAGCACUUAGACACGGAGGAGCUGAACUGGGCUUUAAAAACUGACUGCACGCAAAGACCGCAAUGUUUGCGCAGUGACCCUACUAUGGAUUUUGGCAACGAGGUCGAUCUUUCCAACAGCAACAGCAACAUCAUCGCUCCUCUGUGGAAAAAGCGUGCCACGGACCAGGUCUUGAACGGCAACCAGAAGCUCAAAUCAAGACCUCUGAGUUAUCAGAUUGACGGUGUGCUUAUGGCAGAUUUCCCUGUGGAGGACAAGUGCUCUAUCACCCUUACACAACCUGCAGAGAAGAUCACAACUCCACCAGGAACCAUGGUGGUCAAACAUGUUUUGAACAAACCUGCCCAUAAAACUCGUGUUGUUAGGAGCAUUAGCAUUGGGCAUCUAUCCAGUGGUCGCUUUUCUUUGGCUAGGUUCAGAUCAGAGAAUAAUAAUGAAUCUGUGGACAGUAACCAGGUGCCUAAAACCACCCUAUCUAAAAAAAACUCAAAUGGCUUGAACAAAAAGGAUGUUAAAAGAGAUCGUGAUCCUCUAAAGCGUCUGUCCAACCCAUUUACCCUCAUCUCCCAGAGAGAGCAGAUUGUUUUUGCGGAUUCCUCCCCAGAUAAACGAACCCCACAGAAAUCAAGCUCUCCCUCCCAGAAUACCUCUCAGCAGCAUUCUUCUCCUGUUGCUCUUCGAAAUUCUUCAUCUCAGAGCUCCAUAUCUAGCACUCGCUCCCUUUCUUCUUGCUCUUCUUCCUCAUCCUCUGUUCCCAGCACACCAUCUGAGCCCUUUACCCCUCAAUCUCCAUCUCCAUCCGAAAGCAGCACAGUAUCUCCAGUUUUAUGCCAGUCCUCAAGUUCUUCUCCAGGGUCAGAAGGCAAGUCACCCCUGCCCAGCAUGGUCCUUAGUACACACAGCCCUGUUGCAAUAAAGAUGGGCACCCAACAGCUCAUUCCUCAUAACCUGGCAUCUGAAAGACGGCCAGGCAAAACUAGCCAGUCUGGGGGGCUGACAGACCCAUCCACACGUUCCCUCCGUGCCCGCAGCAUGGUGGAGAGUGGCUCUUUCUUCUCCAGUAGCAAGAAUGUUGAAGAGGCGGAUGGUGAGGAUGCUCCAGGGCUGUUCAGGAGGGGCCUGAGGUCUACAUCAUACCGCCGGGCUGUGGUCAGUGGUGUAGAACUGAAAGUCCCUUCUAACCUACUAAAAGAAGUUCGGGAGGUGAAAGAAGGACCCAGAAGUCCACGACCCACCAAAAGCAAGAGUGGAAAGAAGAAGAAACUACAGACCCAGAGAACAUUUGACAGUGAAGAAGACGAAGUUCUGUAUCAGAACUACCAGGAGAAGGCUCUGCACAACGACUCGGAUGAGGACGCCGAAUCCAGAGAGCCCAAAGCGGACGAGAGCAUCGUGGUGCAAUACAAACCUAUCCGGACGUCCUGGAGUCAGCUCAGUGUGGUUACAAAAAGUGGAGUUUGUGAACGACUGAGCCAAGAGGAACGCAAAAGGCAAGAGGCGAUAUUCGAAGUGAUCUCGUCAGAACACAGCUACCUGCACAGCCUCAUGAUCCUCGUGCGGCUGUUCAAGGACUCGCCGGAGCUCAGGGACACCAUGACCAAGACGGACCACCACCACCUUUUCUCCAACAUCGUGGAUGUGUGUGAGGCCAGUAAAAAGUUUUUUAAGGAACUGGAGGACAGACACCAGAAGAACAUUGUGAUCGAUGAUAUCAGCGAUAUUGUGAUCAGGCAUGCUCAGGCAAACUUCGAACCAUACGUGACAUACUGCUCGAAUGAAGUGUACCAGCAGAGAACAUUCCAGAGACUAGCAAACAAGAGCCCGACCUUUAAGGAGGUUCUGUCCCGGAUUGAAGCUCAGCCUGAUUGCCGAAACCUUCCCAUGAUCUCGUUCCUGAUUCUGCCCAUGCAGAGAGUCACCAGGCUUCCUUUGCUCAUGGAUACGAUUUGUCAGAAGACACCUAAAGACUCUCCUCAGUAUGAAGCGUGUAAGAAAGCUCUUCAGUCCGUCAGCAAGCUCGUACGGAAGUGUAAUGAAGGCGCUCGUACGAUGGAAUGGACAGAGAUGAUGUACACCAUCAACUCUCAGCUGGAGUUUAAGAUUAAGCCGUUCCCACUGGUGUCAUCGUCUCGCUGGAUGGUGAAGCGUGGCGAGCUCACGGCCUACGUGGAAGAGAGCGGGAUCUUCUCCAAGAAGACGGCACGGCAUCAGGUCUACUUCUUCCUCUUCAAUGACGUCCUCAUCGUCACCCGCAAGAAGAGUGAGGAGAGUUAUACAGUGAUAGACUACGCUCUGAGAGAUCAGAUCUGGGUGGGGCCGUGCCAGCCGGAGGAUCUGAGCCUCUCGCCAACACGCACCAGCGCAGGCAUGCUGACAUCACGGCAGGUCGGAGCCAGUCACCUGUUCCGCCUCCAAUUCCGCAGCAACCACUCAGGAGAAAAAGUGCCCAUGAUCCUGGGGGCGGAGCUUCUUAAUGAGCGUGCUCGCUGGAUCAGCGCACUGGGACACGCUAACAAUGAGAAGAGGAACGCAGACAGAACAAAGUCCAUGCAGGUGGAGGUGAUUCGUACGUAUACGGCUCGGCAGCCUGAUGAAAUCUCUCUACAGGUGGCAGAUGUUGUGAUCAUCUCACAGACUGUUGACGGUUGGUACGAGGGCGAGCGAUUGCGAGACGGAGAGAGAGGCUGGUUCCUCGCCGAGUGUGCUCAGCCAAUCACAUGCCAGGCCACCAUUGAGAAGAAUAUGCAGAGGAUGGACCGCCUCCAGGGCCUGGAGACCAACGUGUGAACGGGAUUCUCUACAAUUCCUCCAUACACACACACACACACACACACUUACUUUAAGAGGACUCGGGCCUGAGGAGCUGAUGAGAUGUUAUUGAUUCCUGGGACAUCGUGGAGCUCCACACAGGACCUAGAAAAGUCUCAGAAUAAAAACUCACCAGGACUAGAGAUGUUUUUUUCCCCUCCCUUCCUCCCUCUCUUUCUCUCUCUCUCUCUGAAGAACAAGUGGAGCAACUAAUGCGCUUUGAGGAGGAACAGGUUAAAGACUGUAUAAACUCCCUCCAGUACAGGGGUGUCAAACAUGCCGUAUGAGACAUGGCCUGAAAACGGGUUUAAUCUUUAAAUCACCGAGUGUAAAUCACUCCGAGGACCGGAUGAGACUUUAAAUGAAAAAGACUAUUUCUCCACUAGGGGGCAGAAGAGAGCGAUAAACUCGGCUACUGACGAAAUUUACUAACGAUUUUAAUUUUAAAUCACAACCUCCUAAAUAAAUAUAGAGGAAUGUUGAUCUCAUUUAGGGGAUUUACAGCAAAAGGGUGUAAAUGAACAUGAAUAUUAUGGGCUCAGUAAUGUAGCUUUAUUACGCAUCGUCCUGGUUCCAGGUCUGAGCUUCAGGUGAAACCUCUGAUGAUUAUUGAUGAUGAUGAUGAUGAUGAUGAUGAUGUCAGUCUGAAGGAGGUCGACACCCCUCAGCUAACAGAUGUGAUCUCUUACCAUGAGCAGCUUAACGUCCAACAAACAGAAGACUCCAAGCCACAAUUCACUCACUGGUGUUAACUGCACUUAUGGAGAAGCUUCUCAUUAACACAACACAACACACAAACACCACACCACCACAAACACACAACACACCACACUAACACAAACACACCAUCAGACAACCAACACACAAACACCACCACAAACAACACACACCACACUAACACAAACACCACACCAACACAAACAAUACACCACCAGACAACCAACACACAAACACCACCACACUAACACAAACAAUACACCACACUAACCACCAGACAACCAACACACUAACACAAACAAUACACCACCACAACACCAGAUUUACCUGCACAAACGGCAGUCUGUAUAGAAUCUAGCUGUAAAUAAAUAAUGAAAGAACAGAUUUACGGGCUCAGGGAAGGUUUAUAGUUUAAAAAAAGAAAUAUAUAAAUAUAAACACACACAACAUAUGAAAGGCUCAAGCGGAGAUUUAACACACCAAUUUGCAUAAAGCUCGGAGCAGGAUGAUGAGCUGCGUCGUGUAAAAUCUCUUCUCUUAUAUAACAGCUUUUAUCAUCAACCUAAAGAUCAAACGCUGCACUUCAGCCAUCUCUCUCUCUCUCUCUCUCUUUUUACAAAAAAAAAAAAAAAAAGGACAGAUACACAGACGUUCAAGUGGUGAUGCUGCUUCGCUGCUUCACACGGAUUAGUCACUGAUGAUCCAGCUUCAGAAACAGGUUCAAAUGAAGGAACGUUUACGGUCCGAACAGAGACGCUUGUCAUUCCUGAUGUGAACUGGAGCUCAGGGAGGAAAAAAAAAAAACACACCACACGCUGAAUGAUCUGAUCUGUAUGUAAUGUAAAUACUAACUCAGAUACAGCCUCAGUGUCAUCCUGUAACCUGUAACAAACAUACUGCAUAAAUGGGUUUGGGUUCAUCUCA